GUGGUGAAAGUUGGCAGCAUAUACUGUAGUGGUAUAGUCAGGAGUGGUGGUAGAAAAAUGAGAAAAAUACACACUCCUAGGAUCGGAGCAUGGUGUAGUGUAAUGGCCCGCGGAGGGAUCAAGGCUGGAUCGGUCCCCGGAGCUGCAUGGCGGACGCAUUUACUCGCUCCAAGCAAGAGCGAGAGCGAAUUUAGCGGGCGGAGAAAGAAGGUUGCUGGUUUAAAACACAGCCCAUGCCAUGCCCAACUCACUUUCGUGCACAGCUGAGCUCACUUUCCAGCGCGGUUGGGUUCGCUAGCUACGCCCUACGGUCUCCUGCCCUCCCUCCCCCGGCCCCCUCGCCAAACCAGACUCCAUCAACCAUCAUGCCGGCUCCGCUGUUGCAUGGAUCCAUGGCGCUCCCCCACCACCCCCGUGCCGCCGCCUAUGUAUAGUAGCCUUCCUUGUUAGCCCAUCGUCCAUCCAUCCCUCCAUCACCUCGUGUCUCUCAGCUCGUCGGUUCGUCGUAGCUAGCUACUGAGUGGCGAGGGACAGGAUGCAGGACCUGUUCUCGGUCCCCUCCUGCUUCUCGUCGGGCGAGAAGCAGCUGCCGGACGCGCCGGCGUCGGCGGCGCCGGCGACCAGGUCGGGCCAGAGCGCGGUGACGCUGGUGUACCGCGCGGUGAUCUCCGGGCAGAGCCGGCUGGUCACCGUCACGUGGUGCAGGAACCUGCUCGCCCACGGCAUGCAGGUGUCCAUCGAAGGGUCGGCCGGCGGCGGCAAGGACAAGAGCGGCGGCAGGGAGCACGGCAGCAGCAUCGAGGGCGGCGGCGGCGGGGGCAAGAGCUGCAGCGCGUGCAAGGUGGAGAUGCAGCCGUGGCACUUCUGGCGCAAGUACGGGGCGAAGCAGUUCCAGGUGGACGGCCGGGCCGUGGACGUGGUGUGGGACCUGCGGGCGGCGCGGUUCUCCGACGAGCCGGAGCCGGUGUCGGACUACUACGUGGCGGUCGUCUCCGGCGAGGAGGUGGUGCUCCUGCUCGGCAACCAGAACAAGGAGGCGUUCCGGCGGACGGGGUCGCGGCCGUCGCUGUCGCUGCGGGACGCGGCCAUGGUGUGCAAGAAGGAGCACGUGUUCAGCAAGAAGCGGUUCCUGACCCGGGCCAGGUUCCACGACAAGGGGAAGCUGCACGACAUCAGCAUCGAGUGCAGCAGCGGCAACCUCGGCGGCGGCAUGGACGUGGACAUGUCCAUCAAGAUCGACGGCUGCGUCACCGUGCUCGUCAAGCACCUCCAGUGGAAGUUCAGGGGCAACGACUGCAUCUCCAUCAACAAGAUGAAGGUGCAGGUCUACUGGGACGCCCACGACUGGCUCUUCGGCACCGGCAUGCGCCAGGCCCUCUUCAUCUUCAAGCCCCAGGCCCCCUCACCCUCGCCGUCGUCCGACGUCGACGCCGACGAGUUCUCCGAUUUCUGCCUCUUUCUCUAUGCAUGGAAGAUCGAAUGAGCUAAGUUAGCUAGCUAGGCGCCCGUACCCUACCUGCAUUCGUUAAUUUGUUGCUGCCGCCACAUUACAGAGCGGAUGAUGGACAUUUCACCAUGUUAUGAGCAACAUACUAGUACCAUGCAUGUAUGAAACGAUGUGUGAGUGUAACAAGAGGGGGAAUGAUGGAUUGUCUGUC